AUGCUUCCGCUGUGGUUGUCCUGCUUGGCCUUCUUUUCGUAUCUGGCCCUGGCACCCGGUGUAUCAGCCUACGCUACCACGCGGGCGCAGAGUCUCCGGGGUCGCAUUCAGAGGGACCGCCGGAACAUACGGCCCAACAUCAUCCUCAUCAUGACAGACGACCAAGAUGUGGAACUCGGCUCUUUGCAGGUCAUGAACAAAACCCGCAAAAUCAUGGAGGACGGCGGCACCACGUUCACCAACGCCUUCGUCACUACACCCAUGUGCUGCCCGUCCCGCUCCUCCAUGCUGACGGGCAAGUACGUCCAUAACCACAACACCUACACCAACAACGAGAACUGCUCGUCGCCUUCGUGGCAGGCCCAGCACGAGCCGCGCUCCUUCGCCGUCUACCUCAACAACACUGGCUACAGGACAGCCUUCUUCGGCAAAUACCUCAACGAGUACAACGGCAGCUACAUUCCACCCGGGUGGCGCGAGUGGGUCGGCCUGAUCAAAAAUUCCCGCUUCUACAAUUACACCGUCUGUCGCAACGGCUACAAGGAGAAACACGGCGCGAGCUACGCCAAGGACUACUUCACCGAUCUGAUCACAAACGACAGCAUCAACUUCUUCCGCAUGUCUAAAAAGAUUUAUCCGCAUCGACCAGUGAUGAUGGUCAUCAGUCACGCUGCGCCGCACGGCCCGGAAGACUCAGCGCCGCAGUAUGCCGAGCUUUUCCCGAACGCCUCGCAACACAUCACACCCAGCUACAACUACGCCCCCAACAUGGACAAGCACUGGAUCAUGCAGUACACAGGUCCCAUGAAGCCCAUCCACAUGGAGUUCACAAAUUUCCUUCACCGCAAGAGGCUGCAGACCCUCAUGUCCGUGGAUGACUCCGUGCAAAAGGUUUACGAUAUGUUGGAGGAAACGGGCGAGCUGGACAAUACGUACGUUAUUUACACCGCCGACCACGGCUACCAUAUUGGUCAGUUCGGGUUGGUUAAAGGCAAGUCGAUGCCGUACGACUUCGACAUCCGAGUGCCGUUCUUCUUGAGAGGGCCAAACGUAGAACCUGGUGCUGUAAAUCCUCACUUGGUGCUCAAUAUUGACCUGGCACCAACUAUCCUUCACAUUGCCGGGCUGGACACGCCUCCAGACAUGGACGGGAAGUCUAUACUGAAGCUGCUAGAGCAGGAAAGGACCGGAAAUAGAUUCAAACCCAACCGGAAACCCAAAGUCUGGAGGGACACAUUCCUUGUCGAGCGAGGGAAAAUCCUGAGGAAGAAGGACGACUCGGCUAGUACCCAGCACACCAAUAGCCUGCCUAAGUACAUGAAGGUGAAGGAAACAUGCCAACAAGCCGAGUUCCAGACGCCGUGCGAGCAGCCGGGACAGAAGUGGCACUGUGUGGAGGAGAUGACGGGAAAGUGGAGGAUACAGAAGUGCAAGGGCGGAUCCAAGGAGGGUACCCGGAAGAGGGCCCGCAGCUUGAGACCCCGCAGCAGCUACGACACCCAGGAGAGGGGUUGCGAUUGCUCCGACGCACUUUACAAAGCCUCCAGGAUGGAACGGCGGUCGCACCGACAAACAUCUCCUGGCCAGCGUUAUCGUCCCCGUUUUGUCCACACGCGGGCCACCCGAUCCCUCUCUGUGGAAUUCGAGGGCCAGAUCUACGACGUGGAUCUCCAGUCCGAUGACCAAAGCGCCGUACGCCACCGUUCCAUCGCCAAACGGCACUACGAACCCGAGCAAGAGCCAGACUUCGACGCGGACUCCAACGAUGAUUCCGAAGAGAUGCUUGCGGACGACACUAAUGCAGUUGGGUACCCCAAAUCCUUAAAGGUCACCCACAAAUGUUACAUCCUCAUGAACGACUCAGUCCACUGCGAGAGGGAAAUCUACCAAUCGUCCAGAGCGUGGAAAGACCACAAGAGCUACGUAGACCAAGAGAUCGAAGCACUUCAAGACAAAAUCAAAAAUCUAAGGGAAGUUCGAGGACAUCUGAAGAAGACGCGGCCGGAUGAGUGCGACUGUGGCAAGAAAAGUUUUUACAUGAAAGGGGAUAGAAGCAAGGCAGACAGAAUGAAGAACAGGAAUGAUCAUCUACAUCCAUUCAAGGAAGCGGCACAUGAUCUGGACGGAAAGGCCCAGCUGUACAAUGAAAUCCGCCGUCGCAAAAAAGAGCGGAAGGAGAAGAAACGAUUGAGGAAGGGCGACGAUUGCAGUCUGCCGGGCCUCACCUGCUUCACGCACAAUAAUGACCACUGGCAGACUGCCCCCUUCUGGACAUUGGGUGGAUUUUGCGCAUGUACAAGCUCCAACAACAAUACGUAUUGGUGCCUGAGGACCAUCAAUGAGACCCACAACACGCUCUUCUGCGAGUUCUCCACGGGGUUCCUCGAGUAUUUUGAUCUCAACAGUGACCCCUACCAGCUGACCAAUGGCGUGUACGAAGUGGACCGCGACGUGUUGAACUCCCUCCACGGCCAGCUGAUGGAAAUGCGGAGCUGCCAGGGUUACAAGCAGUGCAACCCCAAACCCAAAGGCUCAGAUGCAGCGCACUAUGGGACGGACGACAGGGUUAAAUUGCCCAACCUGACGGACGAGGACGUCAACUGGCAGGGACUGGAAGAUCUGUACAGCAUCAACGAAAGCCUUUACGAUUGGAGGCCCGACUACAGCCCGGGACCAGACGAUUGGGCCAACUUCCGCAAGGAUGUGGACCGCAUCUUCGCACCGCCACCUCUUUUCAACCAAUCCCGCCAGGCCCCGACGCUCGACGACUCCGCCCCAGAUGAGCUGGGCUCUGGGGGUGAAGCCUUUGAAGGGGGCAGUGGCGAAGACAUCUGGUUCGGGGGCCUUCUCCCUGUUGCUGUCCGACCUUACCCUAAUCAGCCAAAACCAGAUCCGGUUGUCAACGAUCUUCCCGAGAGGCGGACCGUCCGACCCCAGGCCAUCUUUUUCGGCUCCCACUUCAUGCCAACGCACUCAUCCGAACCCCUGCAGAUGAAACUGGAUGCUGUCGCCAACGAGCUUUCUGAGCGUCAAACAGACAGACUGCUGGAAGUGAACGGGCAAUCCCAGGGUCUCUUUCCAGGGGGCGUCCUUUCCGAGGGUAUAUUAACCAUCCCAAGCCGAAUGCCAACACGCUCAACUGAACCCUCAGUGCCAAAGAAACCGGUUUCUCUUGUCAACGAUCUUCAUGAGAGUCAGGGAGUUCUACACCAGGUGCCAGAGGGGUCACGCCAAGACAUCUUGUCCAGUCAUAGCAUAAAAACAACACUUCCUACCAUACUUACAUUGAAUAAGAACCUACAUCCUAUUGUAAACAACCUUCUUGAGAUGCAAACAAACCAGCCCCAGGUGCCACAAGGUCGUCCCGAGGUUGUCCCCUUGCCCAGUCCAGUCCCCAGCCUUACGUCAACACCUUCAUCCCAACCAUCUCUGAGGAAGAAACUAGUUCCCAUCACCAACAGUCAAACAAACCAGCUCCAUGUCCCAGAAAAGCAACCCGAGGUUGUCCUCUUGCCAAACCCAGUGCCCAACUGUACGUCAACACCUUUACCUGAACCAUCUCCCAGGAAGAAACCAGUUCCCGUGGCCAACAAUCAUCCUGAGAAGCAGAAAGACUUUCCUCAGGUUGUCCUCUUGCCCCGGGUGCGUCAGAUGGAAGAGCUGGACGGGGACGUGUUCAGCGGUGAAGGCCCAACCGAGCUAGACACGCGACACGAUGCCCUCCUGCGCACUCAUAACAGCCUGGAGCACCAACCGACUCACAUAGAGGGCGCCGCCCCUGGCCCUAUUCAUUACGACGAGGCAGACAUUUUCCAGGACCAAGGCUUCCUUCCCUUGAAUCCCAACGUGAGUCCCACCCACCAACUUGCCCCGCCCAUUCAAAGCUCCGUUGUCCCGCCCCUCGCGUUGGGCUUCGAGGGCAGCGGCUCUCUGCCUCAACCGAAUGAUCCGCAACUCUGA